AGGGGGCGCGUCUGCGCGCACGAGCCGAAGCCGUCCGCUCACGUUCGCGUGGGAACUCGCGCGCGUGUGGCAUGCGCUCCGCGCGCGCCGCGCUCUGCGUCGCGGCUGCGCUCGCAGCCCUCGCGCAGCCGGUGCUCGCCGCCGGGCCGGUCGUGCGCUGCGGGCCGUGCGACGCGGGCGCUCUGGAGUUGUGCGCGCCGCUGCCCGAGGGCUGCGCCGAGCGCGUGCGCGAGCCGGGUUGCGGCUGCUGCGUGACUUGCGCGCUGCUCGAGGGCGAGCCCUGCGGGGUGUACACGCGACGCUGCGGCGCGGGACUGAAGUGCGGCAUGCGCCCGGGGGAGACGAAGCCCCUGCGCGCCCUGUUGGAGGGACGGGGGGUGUGCACCGGCACCGGCACCGGCGCCGGGGCUCUCGGGACACCGUCGCCGGGUGAGCGAGGGAAUACGGAGACCACCACAGACGUGGUGGAGGAGGCGAGCGCCAGCAGCACGGGCACCGGGGAGCUGAGGGUCACACCAGGAGCGCAGGAGCCGUGGAUGGCCCCUCCGCAUGCCAAAGCGGAGGUCAUCAGGAAGGAGCAGAUCCGCCAAACCCAGAGCUUCAAAGUGGAGCAGCUGCCUGGGAGCGCUCGCACAGAAGGGCAUGGACAGGGCGUCCCAUCAAUGACACAACCCGAGUAUGGUCCGUGUCGGAGGGAGAUGGACAGCAUAAUGAACAACCUGAAAGGUAGCAACACGCUGAACCCCAAAAGUUUCCGCAUUCCCAACUGUGACAAAAGGGGCUUCUACAAGAAAAAACAGUGCCGCCCAUCGAAAGGCCGGAGGCGAGGCAUCUGCUGGUGCGUUGACAAGUACGGCCAGCCGAUUCCAGGCUUCGUCAGGUGGGAGAAGGGGGUGACCCAGUGCCCUGGCCUUGAUAACAAGUGAGCACCAGCCUUAGGUGACACAGGAUUAUGGACAAAGACUUUGAAGGCCGAUCAACCACGCCUCUCCUGCCAUUACACCCAGCAGUGUAGGGAGGUGAUAUACAGAAUGCUUGGGAACAGGACCAGAGCUUCCCGUUUUUUUUUUUUUUUUUUGAGCAAGCCGUCCAAUCUUCACAGCUUUCUGUGCUGCACACGCUGGAACCUUGGGCUCACAGAAGGUACAAGCAGGAGUCAUGGUGAAAGCGAUCUGUCCUUUGGACAGAAAUGAUGAUUGACUUUGGUUAGGAAAGGAGGUGGAUCACUCACUCACUUUAUCUGAAAUUGCAUGAUGGUGCCAGCAGAGACACAAGACUUUUGACACUGACCUUCAUAUAGGGCUUGGAAAAGUGCACGCCCUUGGAGUCUGAUGGAUUUACAUGUAUGCCUGUGCACGCUUUUGCGUCUAUGUACAAUUUUGCCUGUAUAAAAGGUUUAUGGCCUACACUUGUCACAGAAUGAAGAUUUGCUUGAGGGUUUUGUUGUGUUGUCAGGAGACCAGAGGAGGUCUGGAACCUGCGUCGUCUUUGCACAUGAGCCACAGGGCUAGGUGGCUUCUGUAAGGGAUUUGGCACCCUGCCCCCUCUACCAAGCCAUCUCCACUACCAUCUACACUGUGGUCAUAUGUUUUGCUUUUUGAAGAAAUUACAGUUCUGAUUGAUAGCCAGUGAUCCAGAGGAAUGGAAUGAAUGGAAAAAAUGCUCUUGGGAGGCAUAUCAGUACACUUUUUUUUUUUAUGGGUUUCAAAUUUUUUUUUCCCCACCUUCCCAUUAGCCUACAGUGGUGCUGUGCUGCAAAGACCCACUAGGCCUGUGCUUGUAUAAAUUUAUGCUGAGAUGGCACAAGAACAUGCUGAAUCACAUGGACUUUUUGAAGACGAGGUUUGUUCCAGUUGUCCUCCUCUACAGCCCCUGGGAUGACUAAUAGGGGGAACAUCAGGACACAUGUUCCUUCCAGGGCAGCAACACACAGCCAUCUAUGAACUUUGUGUAGAUAUCUACCAUUUGAAUUUGCCCUUGGUGCAACAGAGUUGGGGAAAGUCUCACCUCUCUAGCUCCACUUUACAUUGUGGUCCCCUAUGCUGUUGUUCCUGGCCAACUGUCAUUGCAGGUAUACAAUACACACUAGUUAAAUCAUAUUUAUAUUAAAAGCAGUUAUUAAUGCUGCAUAGCUGUAAAUUACCAGCAUCAUGCAAUGACAACAUUGGGGGAAUGAAAGCACCUGCCCCGAUCAGCUUCUUGCAGGGAGAAGCUGUGUUCAUACUUCUGUAUGCCUGCUCAAGCUCUCUUUUCCACUGUAUAUGAAGUUCAGAUCUAUGCACCUGUUUGAGCUACUGUUGCUUUUGUUUCAUUUUAAUAAAACUUGAGACAAUUACUUUGCCCUAUUUCAGCUACCUCAAAAGGAUAGAGCUGGCUGGGUGAGACGCAUCUUACGACAAUGGAAAGAAUGUUUAGAAGCACUCCAUAAGACUCGG